GGAAGCCGUUCUGGGGUCGCGGUGGGCCAGCGCCUUGUUUAGCACCCCCGGGAGGAGAAAGAGUCGCCCGGCUCUGGCUGACGGUGGCUCCUGUCUCCGGGAACGCGCGGGGCCGGGGUGCGAGGGCCCGUUUCUCUUCAGUCAGGGUUCGUCCGGACGCCCCGCGGACUGAGGGCCGAGCCAUCCGGACCCGGUGACCGUGCCCUCCUUCCUUCAGAACAGGGAUGGAGGACAUACCGGCCCAAGAAGCAGCGGGAUCUCCAAGGGUCCAGUUUCAGUCUUUGGACACCCACUCUGAGGGUCUGUCUCCAGAGCCUCAGUUCGUGCAGGACACCGACAUGGAGCAGGGACUCACCGGGGCUCCACCUGUUCCCCAGGUGCCUGCUCUUCCCCAUGAGGGAAGCCCAGGAGACCAGGCAGCUGCGCUCCUGACAGCCAGGUACCAGGAGUUUGUGACAUUCGAGGAUGUGGCUGUGCACCUUACUCGAGAGGAAUGGGGAUGCCUGGACCCUGUUCAGAGGGAUCUCUACAGAGAAGUGAUGUUAGAGAAUUAUGGGAACCUGGUCUCACUGGGAUAUCCAGUUUCCAAGCCUGAUGGGAUCUUUCAGCUGGAACAAGAUCUACAGGUCUUUGAUCUGGAAACUAAGAAUAGAGAAGUCUUAAGAGAUGACUACUCAGAUGGAGAGACCAGAGAAGAGAACAAGCUGUUGAUUGCUAAGCAGAAAAUUCCAGAAGAAGUACAUUCAUACAAAGUGAGAGUAGGAAGACUCAAAAAGGAUAUUGCCCAGGUUCCUGAGACUAGAGAAGUGUCUAAGCCUGAGGACAGAUUAGAAAGGCUUCAGGAAAUCCUAAGGAAAUUUCUCUUCCUGGAGAGAGAGUUUAGGCAAAUAACAAUCAGUAAGAAAACCUUCACUGGUGAGAAGAACAGUGAAUGUAAUGAACCUGAAAAACACUUUAGUCUGGACUCUACUCUUGAUACAGAUCAGAGAGUUCUUAGAAUACAGAAUAUUGAUGACAUUGAUAAGUAUGACAUGGACCUCAACCAGAAUUCAGCUGGUAAACACGAACAAGUAAAUCUGACACAGGAUUUUCAUAGUAGUGAAUAUAAGGAAAGUUUAAUGGAACUCUCCCACCUUAACAAAUGUGAGAGCAUGCCUGCCACUGAGAAAUCCUAUAAAUGUGAUGCGUGUGAGAAAAUCUUCUAUCAGAGUUCAGCCCUUUCUAGACAUCAGAGAAUUCAUACUAGAGAGAAACCCUACAAAUGUAAAGAAUGUGAAAAAUCUUUCAGUCAGAGCUCAAGCCUUAGUCGGCAUAAAAGGAUACACACUAGAGAAAAACCCUACAAAUGUGAAGCAUCUGAUAAAUCCUGUGACGUGUCUGAUAAGUCAUGUAGUCAGAGCUCAGACAUUAUUCAACAUAAGAGAAUUCACACUAGAGCAAAAUCUUAUAAAUGUAGCAAUUGUGAAAGAGUCUUCAGUCGUAGCGUACACCUUACUCAACAUCAGAGAGUUCACAGAGAGAUGUCUUGUAAGUGUACUGUGUGUGGCAGUGACUUCUGCCAUACCUCGUACCUAGCCGAACAUCAGAAGGUCCAUCGUGAAGACAAGUCCUAUGACUACAAUGAACGUGGGUUGACCUUUAUUAAACAUCACGGAAUUCGUCUCAGAGAAAAGCCCUACACGUGUAAUGAAUGUGGAAAAGACUUCAGAUUGAAUUCCCAUCUUAUUCAGCAUCAAAGAAUUCACACAGGAGAGAAACCGCAUGAAUGUAAUGAAUGUGGAAAAGCUUUCAGUCAAACCUCAUGCCUUAUUCAGCAUCACAAAACUCAUAGGAAAGAGAAAUCCUAUGAGUGUAAUGAUUAUGAGGAAAGCUUCAGUCAUGGCUCAGAUCUCGUCCUGCAACAAGAAGUCCUUGCCAGAGAAAAAGCCUUUGAUUGUGAUAUAUGGGAAAAGAACCUCAGUCAGAGAGCACACCUUGUUCACCAUCAAGGAAUUCAUACCAAAGAGAAGCCUUAUGAAUGUGAUGAGAGUGGGGAGACAUUUAGUCAAGUUCAAGCCUCAUUCAACAUCUGAGAGCUCACACCAGGGAGAAAUCGUGUGUGGACUGAAUGUGGUAAAGCCUCAGUCACAGCUUAGCCUUUAUUCAGCAUUGGGGGAUUCACACCAGAGACCCUUUGAAUGUGACAAAUGUAGGCAGGCUACUAGUCAGUGUUAAACUCUUGACACCUGCAAACCCAAACCAAUGAGAAAACCUACAGAUAUAUUGAAUGUGAUAGAUGCUUCAUGCUAUUUUCGUACCUUGGUCACCAUUGGAGGAUUCAUACUGUAAAAAAAUUCCAUCUCUGUAAUGAAUGUGAAAAAGCCUUCAGUCAAAGAAACUACCUUGUUGAGCAUCAAACUCAUUCCAUGCAGAAUACCUACGAAUGUAAUAAAUGUGUAUGUGUGGGAAGAUUCAGCCAUAUUCCAGCCAUUCAACAUCGGAGUCUGUACCCAAGAGAGAUCAUUUGGGUAUAGUAAACGUGACAGAUCUUUCAGUAGGAGUUCAAGUCUUUUCAUCAGAAUAUCCACACCAGACCAGAAGCUGAUGUAAAUGGAAACAUUUAGCACCAUAUUUAAGGCUUUACUCAACAUCAAAAUAUUGAAGAGAAAAUUAUUAUUUGUGUAUGGAAUUAUUAUAGUCCCAAUCUUUUUCAUUGCAGAAGAAUCUAGUCUGAGUGACUGUUUUCUCAUGGCAUUCUUUUAUUUAAUAGGUGUUACAAGUAGGUACGUAUACUUUAUUUAUGGAUCUCAUUUAAGCUAUUUUUAUUUUAAUGUGGCCUAUAAACAUUUUUAUUUUUCCUGAAAUUGGUUCUUACUGUUCACAGCUUCCCUAAGAUAUGUUAAUACACCAAUGUUAAAACAUACCAACUUCUGAAAAGUUUGUCAUUUAGCUUUUUCUGCUGUUCUCAGCCAAAGAUCUCUCCAAAACAGACUCUUAGGCCUGCUCUUUCCUGAGGACCCUGUUCCUUUCCGGCCACAACAUUUGGAUUCUUGUUGAUGUCUCCAUUCUCUCAAGCACCUUCAGUGAUGGUUUCCUAGUUUUAAAAAGCUUUACGCUAGCAGGUAUGCCAUCCCUACUUACUGUUAUGGUGUCUUCUUUCCUAAUGUAAAGCAUCUUCCUUUAAAAGAAUUGGAUUUACACAUCCUGUCCAUCCAUGAGUAUGAAGGAUUCUGCUUCCCCUGAGUUUGUGGAGGCAGCUAAACAUUUUCAAGUGACACCCAAGUUCUUAGCUGUGUUAACAAUCUGUGCCAACAAGACUGGUGGUGACUUAGCUAUAUUCAGCACCUACUCUGCAUGCCUAAGUUUAGAAUUAUUUUAUCUAUGUCCACUGAAGGCCAGCAAAAUGCUUAAGUCUAUUUUUGAUAGGAUAAAACAUAAAGAAUUUACACUUAAGAAAUCAGAGAUCUUCAUAAGGGAAUGCUGCCUUCCAUCAAAGGUGUUGCUGCUCUUAUAUUUCCAGAGAGCGUAUUUCAAGAAUGGCGGAAAUACCUGUAAAAUUUAACUGUUAACAAAAUUUGUUUUAUUAUCUGUUUGGAUUUCUGCACUCAGUCUCCCCUCAUCAAUUCAGGUCAGUAUUUGAAGUGUAUAGUUGUUUCUACAUGCAUAUUUUUUGUAUUUUGCUUGAGUCUAGAGGCCAUAUAAAAGAACAUGGGUUUUUUAGGCUGAUGAAACUGAUCACAGAUGUUGGCUCCAGAGUUCAGGGUCACUGUCAUAACACAUAGCAAGAGUUCAUGAUUUUUUAGAUGAUGUCAAAGCAUUUCGUUAUAUUUUCCCAUCUUAAGCAUCAUAACAUUUUGUGAAUAAGACAAGUGUUACUUAAAAUUCUAGUUGUUCCAGCGAUUCAGGCUUUCAUAGUCCAUAUGUUAAAAUAUUCACUGGGGAGUCCUUAACAAAUAUAUAGAAAUGCAUUGCUUUGUAAGCCUCUUGUGGCUAACCUCUAGGAUAGUUCUCCAGCCAUAUUUGACCUCUUAGCCAUCAGCAAGCAUAAGGUCUCAUCAGGGCAAGGCAGGGACCUAAAUGAAUUGAUCUAAAUGUAAAAGCAAAUGAAAAAAAUGCAUGUUUUUUUUUCCUGUUUAUGAACAUGUAUACCGUUACAAAUAGAGACCAGUGUCACCUCUGGUGAUUAUGAAACAGAGGAUUAAGUAAUCUCUAAAUAGAAGAAAAUGUAAAAAUCACAUGUAUGCAUUUGGUUUAGGAAUGUGCUUUUAUACUUCCACUUGAAUAAAGGUGUGUUUGAUACUCUGAGAA